AUGCUGCACAGGGUAAAUUUGGCUUCAUGCUUGGUGCUCUGGAUCACUUCCUGCGCCAUCACCUUGGCUGUGGAUCCCAACGAUUACAUGGCCAGAGCCUUGCAGUUAAUGUCAGAGACGCCACUCAUUGAUGGUCAUAAUGACUUGCCUUGGCAGCUUCGGUCACAAUUCAACAAUCAGCUGAACAAAGUGGAUCUUAACACACUGGCAAACACUCACACCAACAUCCCUAAGAUCAAGGAUGGACGACUGGGUGCUCAGUUCUGGGCAGCAUACGUCCCCUGUGACACUCAGUACAAAGAUGCUGUCAGACAAACGCUGGAGCAGAUAGACGUGAUUCACAGGAUGUGUCAGAAAUACCCUGAAAUCUUCAUGUUUGCCACCAGUAGCCAAGACAUCUUGGAGGCCUUUAAUAUGAAUAAGACCGCCAGUCUGAUUGGGGUUGAGGGUGGUCACUCACUCGACAGCAGUCUGGGGACCCUGCGCACCAUGUACCAGCUGGGGGUGCGCUACCUAACACUUACCCACUCCUGCAACACACCUUGGGUAGAUAACUGGCUCGUGGACACUGGAUCAGAGUCAUCUGAGCAUAAUGGCCUCUCUUCUUUUGGCAAACAAGUAAUUGCGGAAAUGAACCGCCUGGGGAUGCUGAUCGACCUGGCUCAUGUUUCUGAGGAGGUGAUGAACCAGGUGCUGACCCUGUCUAAAGCUCCGGUCAUCUUCAGCCACUCCUCCGCAUACGCCAUCUGUCCACAUAAGAGGAACGUCCCAGAUGACGUCCUGAGACGAGUGAAUGAAACUAAAGGAACUGUGAUGGUCAACUUCUACAAUGACUAUGUGACCUGCAGCAAUACGGCUAAAUUGUCUGAUGUUGCAGAUCAUUUCGACCAUAUAAAGAAAGUGGCCGGGGCAGACAUCAUCGGCUUUGGUGGAGAUUAUGAUGGCGUUCCCAGAGUACCUGAGGGUUUGGAGGAUGUGUCCAAGGUCCCCAAUUUGGUGGCUGAACUGCUCAGGAGAGGAUGGACUGAUGAGGAAGUCAAAGCUGCUCUUGGAAAUAACCUGCUCCGUGUCAUGAGCGAGGUUGAGAAGGUCCGCGACAGCAUGAGCAACGAGAUGCCGGAUGAUGUUCCCAUUCCAAAAGAAGAUGUGCAGAACCCGUGCAGAACAAGCUUCGGAUACCCCAGCACUGGCGGAUCCAACGGAUCAGCCCAUUCACUCAGUACACUGGUGCUUCUGAUUACUCUGGCUCUCCAGGCUUGGAUUACAUCAACUGUUUAA